AUAUAAACAGAUGCUGCAGCAGCCGCUUCGGUACAUUUUGCCCUGCUCUCCAACCUACUGGAUCAGAGGACAAGUCGUCAUGAAGCUUCUGCCCCAUAUUCUGUUUAUAUGCCUGGCUCUUGCUCUGACAUGGGCUCAGGAUCACCACCAACACCAUGCAGAUGUCCUUGACCGCUGUAAAGGCCUUGAAAUGGAUGCUGUCGCAGUGAACGAGGAGGGAAUCCCUUACUUUUUCAAGGGCGACCACCUGUUUAAGGGCUUCCAUGGCAAAGCAGAGCUGUCAAACGGGUCUUUCGCCGAGUUGGAUGACCACCACCAUCUGGGCCACGUAGAUGCUGCUUUCCGCAUGCACUAUGAGGACGAUCCCACCCACCACGACCACAUGUUCUUCUUCCUGGACAACAAGGUGUUCAGGUACUACCAACACAAGCUGGAAGCAGGCUACCCCAAGGAUAUCUCUGAGGUCUUCCCUGGAAUCCCAGACCACCUGGAUGCUGCUGUGGAGUGUCCCAAGCCGGAGUGUGACGAAGACUCUGUGAUCUUCUUCAAGAAAGACGAUAUUUACCACUACAAUGUGAAAACCAAGGCAGUGGAGAAGAAAGAGUUUGACUCCAUGCCGAACUGCACGUCAGCUUUCCGCUUCAUGGAGCACUACUACUGCUUCCACGGACACAUGUUCUCCAAGUUCGACCCAAAGACAGGCGAUGUGCACGGGAAAUACCCUAAAGAGGCCCGUGACUACUUCAUGAGGUGCUCCAAGUUCAGUGAUGAGAGCGACCAUCUGGAGAGAGAGCGCUGCAGCCGCGUUCACUUGGAUGCUAUCACAUCUGAUGAUGACGGAGACCUUUACGCAUUCAGAGGUCACCACUUUAUCCGCAAAGAUAACAACGACACACUGACAUCUAACAACAUCGAGAGCGCCUUCAAAGAGCUGCACAGCGAGGUCGAUGCUGUUUUCUCCUAUCAGGAUCAUCUCUACAUGAUCAAGGAUGACCAUUUGUACGUUUACAAAGUUGGUGAGCCACACACCCACCUGGAUGGUUACCCCAAGCCUGUGAAAGAGGAACUGGGCAUUGAGGGUCCCAUUGAUGCUGCAUUUGUCUGCCAAGACCAUCACAUUGCUCACAUCAUCAAAGGUAAAGACAUCUAUGACGUAGACAUGAGUGCCACCCCCCGCGUUCCCUCUAACAAGCGCCCCAUCUCCGUCCUGAACAAGGUGGAUGCUGCCAUGUGCGGUCCUGGGGGAGUUAAAGUGAUUCGUGGAAACCACUUCUACCACUUUGACAGCGUUAUGCUGUUCGUUGCCUCAAGGGCCCUGCCUGAGCAGCACAAAGUAUCUCUGGAGCUUUUUGGCUGUGAUCAUUGAGUAACUGUCUGUGAAAGGACUGAAUGGAUGGUGCAGAACAUCACAUACAACACAGUGGAACAUUGAAAAACAAACAUGCACCUACAUCUGCUGACAUGGGCUGACAGAUAAUAGUGUUUCAUGCAACUUGCUUCCAUUCUGCAUCUUACCUCAAGAAUAAACCUCAACACUUCUUGUUUUUUUAGAAGGGAUUCUACUUUUCAUACAUUCUGUGGCCCUCUAUGCAAAGAGCCCUUUCAAGGUGUUUUUCUGUGAUUCAUUUUGUAAAGUGGUGAAUAAAGACUUGUAACACCA